AUGGAAAUUGCAGUUAAUUCCAAAGAAAUGAACAGGUUUGAAGAGACAAGACUUCUGCCGCUGCAGCAGCGGCAGCCCAAGUUUGGGGUGUACAUACACGGCCUGUCUCUGGAGGGGGGGAGUUGGGAUUUGCUGCAGCAGCAACUCAGCAGCAAAACUACUUCUUUGAUUUGUGAGCCAUUUCCAGUAAUGUUUGUGAGUCCUAGAGUCUCUGCAGCAGCAGCAGCAGCAGCUACAGCAGCAGCAGACACGGCAGCAGCAGCAAACGCGGCCGCAGCAGCAGACGAAGACGCAGCAGCAGCGGAGGCUGCUGCUGCAGCAGACAACGAAGCAGCUGCAGCAGCAGCAAACGAGGCAGCAGCAGAUAAUGUCUACAGCUGCCCAGUAUAUGCAACUGCAGCAAGAGGAGGGCCAGAAAACUGCGUCUUAUCGGUGCCACUGCCAACAGCAGUGCCUUCAUCUACUUGCAUCCUCAGAGGCACGGCGCUGCUGCUGGAGCCUAGAGAAUGA